AUGGAAACCCUAUCAUUGGCAUCUUUACUUGUCCCUAUCGCCAAAUCACAGGCCAUAGUUAACGUAUUGAGAAGGAAUACGAGAAUAAAGGUGGACCAAGAUCACGUGGAGACCGUCAUACCUUCAAUUGGGGAACAAGUGCUUAUUGUCAACGGCGCAUACCGUAGUGAGGUUGCUCGUAUUGAGGCAAUCGAUUGGGUUUCAAGCUCGUGUGACCUGACGAUUACUUCCAGAUGA